AUGAAGACGAAUACGGAGCCAGCCUGGGACAGCUAUAAAAGGUCCCAGCAGGCUUACAAAAAGCUAAUAAGAACGAGUAAGAGGAUGGCCUGGAAGACCUUCAGUAAAGAGACCGAGGCGCUACCUAUAGUUGCCAGGCUAAGGAAGGUCUUCUCUAUAGGCCCCUCACCAAGGUUGGAUCGUCUCAGACUCCCAAAUGGAAGUCUGGCGAACAACCACAGAGAAACACUAGAAUACCUUGUCCAGUCACAUUUCCCAGGCUGGGUGGAGGGUCGGGGGCGGUGUCGUUGGGAUACCACGCGUACCGACCCUGCCCCGGCAGACUGGGGAAUGGCUGAGAAGGUGAUUAGCACGGACAGGGUGAAGUGGGCCAUUGGCUCUUUCAAAAGAUUCAAGAGCCCAGGCACUGACGGGAUCUUCCCGGCACUCCUUCAGGAACGCGGAGAGAACCUACUGGAGAUACUUCAAGGUAGUGUUGGGAGGGACAAUUACGACCUUGCAAAGUCAUGCAGACCCAUCAGCCUCUCCUCCUUCCUGCUUAAAACGCUGGAAAGGCUGGUUGAUAGGUACAUCAGAGAUGAGGUCUUGGCCAGCAAACCGUUGCACCCCUCUCAACACGACUAUCAAAACGGCAAAUCCACCGAGACGGCACUUCAUAACCUGGUAGGUUUCAUUGAAGGUGCACUGUCGAAAGGUAAAUCCGCUCUCUGCAUCUUCCUCGACAUCGAGGGGGCGUUUGACAACACCCCUCACGAUACAAUACAAGAAGCUGCGAGGAGAUACAAUAUUAAGGACUCCGUCGUAAAAUGGAUCCACAACAUGCUGACGAAUAGAACUGCCACAGCGAGCCUGGGAGAGGAGACGGUGAGGGCUGACGUCGCGAGGGGCUGCCCGCAGGGAGGAGUCCUGUUCCCCCUGCUGUGGACCCCCGUGGUUGACGAACUCAUACCUAUACUCACCACGGAAGGCUUUGAGGCUCAGGACUACGCCGACGACCUUUCUAUUACGGUCAGAGGCAGACACCCGUUGGAUUUAGCGAGGAGAUUGCAAAAGACUAUCAUACUCGUAGAAUCCUAG